AUGAAGACUGUCCUCGUCCUCUCCAUUCUCUUCUGUGCUGCUUUUGCAGCUCCAGCUGAAGACAAAGAGAAAGCUCUAGAGAUGGAGGAGACAAUGAUGAAAGAAGAAUUUGUGCCAGAAGAUUCUGCCCCUGUUCCCAUGAACGCUCGUGUGUUUGAGGAGGCAGCAGCACCUGAAUCUCGUAACUUCUGCCCAGACGGCUGGUUCAGCCACGGCUCUCGCUGCUUCCUGUUCGUCAACACUCCCAUGUCUUGGUACAAUGCUGAGGAGCACUGCAACGCCAUGGGUGCCCACCUCGCCUCAGUCUCCAACCCCAGAGAGUACAGCUUCCUUCAGCAGAUGACAAAUACAGGUGGUCAGAGCAUCGCAUGGCUGGGAGGCUUCAGCCUGCAGGGCAAGUGGCUGUGGAUUGACCGUGAGGGAAUGUAUUACACUAACUGGUACGCCCAGUCCUCCUCCAGCAGCUACCCAUGCAUGUACUUGCGCAACACCAAUGGUUGGGGGAACACCCAGUGUGGCAAUGCUUAUCGCUUCAUUUGUUCCAAGAACAUGUUCGGCUGUUGAUACAUCAACAGAACA